GCGUCCUGUCAUUUCCGGUCUAGGGACUGAGGCUGAUGUUUUCGCUGGAGUAACCAGGCCUGAAUGUGUAGUUAGCUGAAGGAUUUCGUUUCUGCUCUGUUGUUUUGGGUUGUAAUUGUUUUUUUUUUUAACGAACGGGUCAAUUUAUCACCCAGGUCUCUACUGAUUCACUUUUGAGAGAGGAAGCGAAUUUGUGUGAAGAUGCCUGAACGAGAGACGGAGCUCUACUCCAAUCCCCUGGCUCCGGACGGCCAUGAGGUGGAGGAUCACCGGUCAGCACUCCAAUCCAAGCUGACCAAUGAAGACUUCCGUAAACUUUUGAUGACCCCUCGGGCCACACCCUCUUCUGCUCCCCCUUCAAAAUCCAGACAUCAUGAGAUGCCACGGGAGUAUAAUGAGGACGAAGAUCCUGCAGCACGCAGGAGGAAGAAGAAAAGUUACUAUGCCAAGCUGCGGCAACAGGAGCUCGAGCGGGAGCGGGAACUUGCAGAGAAAUACCGUGAUCGUGCCCGUGAGCGUCGUGAUGGUGUAAACAAGGACUAUGAGGAGACCGAGCUCAUCAGCACCACGGCCAACUACAGGGCGGUGGGGCCAACUGCUGAGGCUGACAAGUCAGCAGCUGAGAAGAGGAGGCAGCUGAUCCAGGAGUCCAAGUUCUUGGGUGGUGACAUGGAGCACACUCACUUGGUGAAAGGGUUGGAUUUUGCCCUGCUGCAGAAGGUAAGGGCUGAAAUCACAAGCAAGGAAAAAGAAGAGGAAGACAUGCUGGAAAAAGCGCAGAAGGAAGUCAAGAAAGAUGAAGAUCCAGAGCAGAAAAUUGAGUUUAAGACCCGCCUGGGCAGGAACACCUACCGCAUCCUGUUCAAGAGCCGUCAGAAUGAGCGCAACGAGCUCUUCCUGCCGGGCCGCAUGGCCUACGUGGUGGACCUGGAGGACGAGUACGCUGACACAGAUAUCCCCACUACACUUAUCCGCAGCAAGGCCGACUGCCCCACUAUGGAGGCCCAAACCACUCUCACCACUAAUGACAUUGUCAUUAGCAAACUGACCCAGAUCCUGUCCUACCUGCGGCAAGGGACACGUAACAAGAAAAUGAAGAAAAAGGAAAAAGGUAAACUUGAUGACAAAAAGCCUCCAGAAGCUGAUAUUAACAUCUUUGAUGACAUUGGAGAUUACAUCCCUACUGCAUCCAAGCCUAUUCGUGAGCGAGAGAAGGAGCGUUACCGUGAAAAGGAUCGAGAGCGGGACCGAGAGCGUGACAGAGAUCGGGAUCGCGAGGAUGACAAGAGACGCCACAACUACUUUGAGAAACCCAGAGCAGAUGACGAGGCUCUUGAGAUUGAAAAAGGUCCAGGGUCAGUGAAAGACCAAAUCAAGCUGAUUAAUGAGAAGUUCGCAGGACAGGCAGGUGCUCAGUGGCAGAGCCAGGAGACUGCUGGGUCACGCCGUGAAGAGAAAAAGCAUGUUGGGGACUUCUUUGGCAUGUCCAACAGUUAUGCUGAGUGCUACCCUGCCACGAUGGAUGACCUUGCUGUGGACAGCGAUGAAGAAGUCGACUACAGCAAGAUGGACCAGGGCAACAAGAAGGGUCCCCUUGGUCGGUGGGACUUUGACACGCAGGAGGAGUACAGCGAUUACAUGAACAACAAGGAAGCACUGCCAAAGGCUGCUUUCCAGUAUGGGAUUAAGAUGUCCGAGGGGCGGAAGACUCGACGUUUCAAGGAGACCAAUGAGAAGGCAGAGCUGGACCGACAGUGGAAGAAGAUCAGUGCUAUCAUCGAGAAGAGGAAGAAGAUGGAGGCUGACGGGGUUGAAGUGAAGAGGCCCAAGUACUGAAGAACCUGCAAGUGUUUUUUUUUUUUUUUUUUUCUCCCCCCUUCUUUUUUCCCCCCUCUCCCAUUAAUGCAUCUUUUUAAUAAGUUUGAUAGAUUAUUUACCAGUACAUAGUUCAAACUCUAAGACUUUGUAUGGUAGCAUUUUGUUUGUACCUGGAAAAAAAGUCUAGUUCUCCAUAUUGUCUUAUGGACUUUUUAUAUAAUUAUA